AUGUACGCUCACUCGAAGAAGCAGUUUUACCGUGAAUGCUUCAUUAUAGGAACUGUAGACUUCAUCUUUGGACAUGCCUUGGCAGUGUUCCAAAAUUGCCAAAUCAAGGUAUGCAGUCCUAUGAAAGGAGAUACUGUCGUGAUUAUCGCUCAGUCGCGCGACAGCGAUAGCUUGGAUUCUGCGUUCACCAUCCAGAAUUGUAGAAUAACUGCAAAUCAAGAUCUACCUCCCAUGGCAAAAGUGUUUCUCGGACGCCCUUGGACUGAGCUAUCACCGGUGGUGAUUAUACAAUCAGAAUUAAAAGCCUUCGUUAUCCAGUGGGCUGGACGCCGUGGACGGACGAGGACUGUCAACGCUGUUCUACGCUGA